AUGGCUUUAACGAAAGGCUCUAUUGCAGCCUCAGCGGCCUAUGGAACGGAUCGCGUGACGCUGUGUCUUGCAACUCCAGGGGCUCUCGCCUGUCAACGUGACUCGUCACUGCGUUCGCUACGUACAGCUGUGCACGCGUGCCAUGAGCUUGUGGUGCUGGCUACCAAGAAGACCAAGGCCCAACAUUUUUACGAAGUGGAGCUAUACGAUACAGUGCUCUUCCCUGAAGGCGGAGGACAGCCAUGUGAUACUGGCAAUAUUGAUGGUGUAUUAGUGGAUCAGGUGUACGUGAAAGAUGGUCGUUGUUUGCAUCGAGUCCCCGUGAAGGAUAAGGAACAGGCGCCGUUUGUGGAGGGACAGGAGGUGGUCGCUAACGUCGAUUGGGCUCGCCGCUUUGAUCACAUGCAGCAGCACUCGGCGCAGCACCUUUUCAGUGCGAUCUUAGGGAACUAUGGGUAUGAUACUACGACGUGGUCACUUGGAGAAGAACGCUGCAAUGUCGAGCUUGUGCCGAUGGAUCGUGUUUCAGUGUCGUCGACAACUGCUGAGGGUGGUAAGGUCGCUAGCAAGGACAAAAACGUGAUCUCUGCUGAGAUGCUUCAGACGAUCGAGAAUGCUGUGAAUGAAGCUAUCGUUGCUGGUCUGACCAUGACGCCUUCGUUUGCGAAACCUGGGACGGACGAGUGGAACAAGAUUGCUGCAAAAUUUGAGCAUGGAGAGAUGCCUAAGGCGAUGCGCAUUGUGACUAUUGACGGCUUGGAUGUGAACCCAUGCUGCGGUACACAUGUCCAGAACCUUGCACAGCUUCGAUCGCUGCGUGUGCUCAGUACUGAGUUUACACGCGGAGCUACUCGCGUUUGGUUUGUCGCUGGUGAUCGUGUAAACCGCGAAUUUUCACGGAUGUUGAGAAAUCAGCACACAAUGACGAAGCUGUUAAGCAGUGCACCCGAAGACCACGCGUCACGAACGGAGAAGUUGUUGCAAUUCCAGAAGAGCGCUACAAAAGAGCUUAAAAAUUUGCAGAAGGAAUUGGCCGCGUCCAUUGCGCGCGAUCUAACGGCGCGGACGGCUGAGGGUGUCGUCACGUACCACCGUCAUGAGGGCAAUCUUGGCUUCUUGCAGACAUUACUGGGUUUUUUGGGUGAUGCGAAGAAUGAUGCUGUGUUUGUUCUUACAGCUGGUACGCUGCAAGGCGACGGCCUCUUCCUUAUUGCCGGACCUCCGGAGUUCAUUAUCGCUCAUGGAAGGUCUGUGCUGCCACUCAUCGACGGAAAGGGCGGUGGUGGUAAGAAUGGUGUCAUUCAAGGCAAAGCAAAGGGGUUGGCAAAGGUUGACGCUCUGGCUGCAAAACUCCAGGAGUUGCGCCAGCAGCAAUAA